AGCUCACAUUAUAGGCUAUUAUGACCAUCUCCAUUUCCGCGUUGUUUCCACGGCUUUAACGCGUUCCUAUGGAUUGGUGGAGCUCUUCUUAACCACUUUCUAAAACUUUCAUAUCAUGUUAUAUCAUUCUAAUGGUAUACACGAAGAGGACAUAUAACCACAAGCGUCGAUAACGCGACUAGAUUAUGUUGUGUUUUGUUGGAAUCUGCGAAUUUAGCGGAUUCAGACAUUGUUAGGCUGCUCUGGCUAGUUAGCAAAGCUAUUAACCUAGUUGAGCCGGUCGGUGUUUGCGCCGAAUAAAACCAUGGCAGAUGACAACAAUGGGGAGAGGACAGACGAAAACGAGCCGAAGGGGGCAACGGGUGGUGAAGAUGUCGUGGAUGAUGUAAUCAUGGAGCAGGGUGCUGUUCUGCUAAGAGGGUAUAUUGUUGAGCGAGUUACUGUAGAUGAUCCAUCCAUGCAUGUGAGCCCUGUGGAUCUAGGAGGAAGACCCCAGGAGACAGAGGAUCCUCAUAUUAAAGAGGUUGUAGGUCAACUUUUGAAGAUAGCCGAUGACCUUAACCGGAAUGCUGUGCUUCAACAUCUCAUCAGCACGGUUCAAGCAAACUGCGCUCAAGACGUCUUCAUGACGGUGGCCAGGAGCAUCUUUGAUGACGGCAUCAACUGGGGACGCGUGGUGGCUCUGUUUCACCUCGCGUAUAGGCUCAUUUACACGGCCCUGACUCAGAACCACUUCGAAAUCAUCAGGGGGAUCAUUAGCUGGUUUUUACAGUUUAUGAAGGAAAACAUUUCUGCCUGGAUCAGACAGCAAGGAGGAUGGCCCGGGUUUAAGCAACCAACAACACAACAUAAUGGAUGGCGCUCGUUUCUUCCUGGAGGUGGAACACAAGUUCUUUCUGAAUAUUUCUUUUGUAAAGAUUUAAAUACAAAAGAAAAGGAGGGCAUUUUCCGCAGCGUGUCAAGAUGGCGCACCGUGUCGUGCAUCGCUGCGGUGGCGUUCAUUGUCGCUGCUGUUUACUGGAAAAGAACUCGCUAAGAUAAAAAUGAAGGUCUCGUGCCAGCUUCUUAAUUCUCACAAAUGUGGAAACUCGUAUCAAAAGCAAUACAAUGUCUAACUGGUGCAAUCAAGUGGACCAAUCAUGCUUCAUGUUGCCUUGCUAUGGUUAAAAACUUAAACGGCAACAGCCACUUCGACAGACACUGUAGCCUUUUAUUGUGAUUAUGUUUUUUUAUUCUAAGUCUAUUUUUUUUCUAUUUCAAUUGAGUCAAGGAACAUCUUUGGUCUUGAUUUAUUUAUUUUUAAAGGGAUGUGUUUGCUCUACUUAAAGGUUUUUAAGACACUGCACUUUUUCUCCACCAGUGCCUUUUUACUUUUCUGGCUCAGGUAUCCAAUUUUUUAAUGUGCCACAAAACAUACCAGCCCUACCUCAGAUCAGCUACACAACUGUUUACCAAAUCAUUGCUUUUCUAAGUAUAUCAUUAGGAGUACAGGGCUGAAAAAAGGCGUAGUAAAAUGCUUCUAAACCUUUUUAUGUGAUCUAAAUGAUUUAAAGGUUGAGCGUUUUAUUGUUAAAUACAGUUAAAGUGGACACACCUAGCACACCUUGAAAUAAAUAUGAUGAUGAAUUACUGA